AUGGGCGGGCAAACCGGCGUGGAUGGCGCCUGUGAUGUUCCGCAGUUUGGGUGGUACCGGCCCUGUUACUUGCCGUCACGUGAUCCACCCAAGAGCACCUUUCCGCCCCUCUCGAAGGUCGUUGUGAGUGAGAGGCUGGAUGGCAACGUGAGCGAUGAGGAAGCGUUAAAGCGGCGAGCCGAGUUGGGGUUUGCAUGGGAGCGGAUGAGACCAAUCACAGAGGUGUGGCAUGGCCCUACGAUUGAUGACAAGGUGCCGCCCGCAAAGGACUAUGAGCGGCUGCUGUUAGAUGCGUCAUCGGGGAGUCUGCGGUAG